AUGGUUUGGUAUACCUGGGCGCUUCUGGGCGCCUCUAAGCCAGGCCGUCCUCGAUCAUUCGCUGGACGUCUUCGAAUCGGAGCCCCUGAGGGGGUGCCUCUUGCUGGGCCGCGAGUAGUCGUGGGACCUGUUGCCCCUCGUUCUGCGGCCUUACCUGCUGGGCCACUUGAACGAGGGGUUCGGUCGUUUCGACCGAGCUGGGUGGUACCAGAUAUGCUCUGUAGGUUUGACCGGGGUUCGUAUGGCUCGUAG